AUGUUAGGACUAGAAGAAAGCAUCAUAGCAGCAAAUAUUGAAGAAGUUGCAAUUAACAGCACUGUAGAAAUAGCCAAUCAUAAUGAUCUCCUGAUUGUGCAAGAUAUUAAUAUAAAUGAAAAUAUUAUAGAUUCUUUGCAUGAGGCAGUUGAAGAGGCACCCGCACUCCCUGAGUACGAGAUAAGUGAACAAGUUACAAAUUUCCUUGAGAAGAUGCAAAUCACUGGCAGUCAGAUCCUUGCUAGUGAGUACACCUCAGUUGAUGGACUAAUUGAGAAGCUACAAUGCAUUUUAGUAGAUAGAAAGUUCCUUCUAACAAAGAAUGCAUUUAACUCAGCCACUGAAUACUUAGAAGAGUAUAAGGAGUUCAUUGACUCAUUUGAAAUGAGCAUAAAACAAGAAGGACCCGAAGUCAUCUCUGAAAUUAUCAUUAGAUUAAAGGAAGGAGCACAUGCUCUUAGUGAACUAAAUGAAGAGUCUAUCUUAAGGAUAUUUUCAUCUGUUUCUGUGGCAGAUGUGGAGUCUCAUAUAAAUGUAUGCGAAUUAGUCGAUGCCAUUGCCUCCCAUGAAAAAGAUAUUUUAAGCCGUAUAGGCAGUAUGGGCAUGAAAGUUGCAAAUUGCAUCCCAAACUUUGCUGAUGAAAUAGUGGAUGUAGCUGUCAAUGCUAUUAACCAGAAUAUUGUAGAGUAA